CGAGACACGUACGUGCUGUGUACGUACGUACAUGCGGAUCCUUCCGGCACGGGGGGUGGGCCACCCAGGUGAACGGCCAACGUAGCUCCCAUCGGCCUCACCAGUCCGCUCGCUGCAGUAACAUUCAUCUCCCCGGCUCCCCGUCGCUCUCCGACUCCGCUCCCCCUCCCUUUCCAACGUCCCAUCUCGAUCCACCCCGUCGCGGCCCCAAGAUCUCUGCUUUACCGCACCCCCGCCCCGGUGCGCGUCCACUCAGCGUGAUCGAACGCUCGAUCGCUACGAGCUAGCUCGCAGUUGCUUCUUGCUCGCUCGCUUGGUCGGUAACUAUCCCACUUGCAUGGAUCCAUCCGGGCCCAGCCCGUCGUCGGCCGCAGGGCUAGGAGGAGGAGGUGGCGGCGGCGCACCGGCCAUGGCGCCGCAGCGGCCGGCGCAGCUGAGCAGGUACGUGUCGCAGAAGCGGAGGGACUGGAACACGUUCCUGCAGUACCUGCGGAACCACCGGCCGCCGCUGACGCUGGCGCGGUGCAGCGGCGCUCACGUGAUCGAGUUCCUCAGGUACCUGGACCAGUUCGGCAAGACCAAGGUGCACGCCCAGGGGUGCGCGUACUACGGCCAGCCCGCCCCUCCUGGGCCAUGCCCGUGCCCGCUGCGGCAGGCGUGGGGGUCACUCGACGCGCUCAUCGGCCGUCUGCGCGCGGCGUACGAGGAGAGCGGCGGCACGCCCGAGUCCAACCCCUUCGCUGCGCGCGCCGUGCGGAUCUACCUCCGCGAGGUGCGCGACUCCCAGGCCAAGGCGCGCGGCAUCCCGUACGAGAAGAAGAAGCGCAAGCGCGCGCAGGACGCAGCGGCCGCCGAGCCUUCGAGCUCGUCCGCUGCUGCUGCCGCCGCCCCAGGCGGCGUGUCCGGGAGCAGCAGAGGCGCUGCAGCUGCGUCCACCGAUCAAGCUGGAGGCAGUGGCACUGCACCAGGAACCUCUUGAGUACAGUAGACCUGCAGAUCUUGUUUAAUUAUCGUAAUUUCUUUCUCUUGUCUAUUCAUAUCGAAAAAUUUAAGCUUUUGCUAUGCUUUGUCGUUGCUCCUUUCUUUGUUCAUUUCAUCCUUUGUAGCUUGUUUUUGGAGUCCCUUUUUUUUUUCCUGAUUCAUCAGGUCAGUAUAUGGCUAGAAGUUGGAGCUAGCUGAAGGGGGAAGUGGGCAGAUUAAUCGUCGCAACUGCGCAUUCAUGAUCUGAUACAUAUUAUAUCUUUGGUAAAGAAAUGAAGAUUUGAGGCCAUGUUAAUGGCUU